AUUUAAAUUAGUUCUCCUACAUAUACUAAUUCAUUCGAAAAUUGAUACCCUGCCUUUUCUCGCGCGGAAAAUCAUUUUAUAAUUUGUGUUUGUUUGUUGAAAUUGUUAUUUUUUUGCUAUGGGUAGACUCAAAAUCUACUGACCCGUUUUUUUUUAAUUCAUUCUCCAAUAGCUAGAUGAAGGUCGUCUAAUAUACAUAAUGUAUGUGUUGUAUUAAUUACUAAAAUGCUUAAAAAAAUUGUUUCAGCACUCUUUGUGUUAACGUUCCAAAGUGUAAUCACAAAUGGACAGCAGCCGGUAUCUCGUCUCAGUUUCUUUGACAUCGACAUAUUACGGUACUGCGCUGAGGAACGUCGCGGCAACGUGAUGGUGUCGCCGGCCAGCGUCAAAGCAACACUGGCGAUGUUGCUGGAAGGUUGCCAGGGCGCGACCGAGGUGGAGAUCAGGAGCGCGCUCAGAUUGGCACCCUCGAAGGAAGAAUAUAGGGAACAGCUGAAUUUGUAUUUGGAAGGGUUAAAGACCAAUACCAGUGGUGUUAUUUUGCAAAACGCCAAUUCAGUUUUCGUGUCAGACAAUUUGAAGAUGAGGAAGGAAUAUGAGGCGAUGCUGAAAUCCAUUUACCAAGCCGAAGUGUUCAAGAUGAACUUCACAGACAUCGACGGAUCAGUCGAUAUCAUCAACAGAUGGGUGUCGACGAAAACUAAAGGGCUCAUUCCGGCUAUUGUAGACCCAGUGAACGUGAACCCAUCGUCGGACAUGGUACUGGCCAACGCAAUGUAUUUCAAGGGCAGCUGGCAGAGAUCAUUCGACCCGAAGGAGACGACCGGCGCAUGUUUCUACGACCAGGGUACAUGCAAGAAAGUCCAAAUGAUGUCGACAAGGGCACAAUUGAAAUAUGCUUACAUCGACGAACUGAGGGCGCAUGCCGUCGAUUUACCUUACGAGGGUAGCCGAUAUUCUAUGAUCCUGUUGGUCCCAGUAGAUCGUGAUGGCUGUGCACCUCUCAUCAGAGAUUUGCCUUAUAAGAAUUUGAACCAAAUUGUCAGCCAUCUUGAGCCGUACGACGUGCAAUUGUCUCUGCCUAAGUUUAGCAUAGACUACUCUGAGGAUAUGGUUGGACCUCUAAAGAGUAUGCGUGUCACUACUCUCUUCUCGUCAUCCUCAAACCUAUCUGGCAUCUUCGAGAAUGACUCUCCUUACAUAAACAGCAUGUACCAUAAAGUUCACAUGACGGUAGACGAGCAGGGAACAAUAGCGGCCGCAGCCACCGCCGCUAUGGUGGUGCCGCUCAUAGAAGACGGGGUGCAACUUCAAGUAGACCGACCUUUCGUCUUCUUCAUAAGGGAUAAUGCUUUGGGCCUUGUGCUAUUCGAAGGAAGGAUCGAGGACCCCACACCUUUCGUUGAAUCUGCUCCAGCAAAAGCACCUGUCUCACCGUCAUCACCUGCUCAACUCAUUCCAGCUGGACCACCCACUGCUGCAGUUUCUAAAGCUCCCCAACCACCAGCAGCUCCGCAGCAACCAAUACCUAUAACAGCACCAGUACUAGAAAACGUGCCGAUGGUUGCCAGAAGAUGGGCUCACAGAAAUUGAAAUGUGAUCUCGUAAUAAUACAUACAAUAUUCGUUUUUAUUUGAAUCACUGAAAUAUUGUAAAAUGGACUCGAAGAUAUUGAACAUUUGUAAAAUAACGAAAUGAAUUGAGAUUAAAUUGGUAUUAUAGUUUUUUUGAUAUAAUAAUGUGUUUUAU